AUGGAGUUGAUAAAAACAAAACAUGAUUUUAGUGACCAUGUUUGGGGUAUUGAAGAAACACCAGAGGAUGAAUUGGCUGUGAAUGAUGACUCAGCUGUCCAUGAUGAAGCCGCUGAGAGUGAUGAAGAUUAUCAUACUCCAAAAGGAUCAAAGAACCUAGGUGCUACAUCAAGCAGGGGUAAGAAGAGGCUUCCAGAUCGUGGUAUGGAGAAAAGGAAGCACAAGGUUCUCUCUAGUGGACCAAAGUAA